AAUUACCUGUAGAAAGUAGAAUUUUGUCCGGUAUCAGCUGUGUCUCCCUUGAAGGGAAUUAAAGCUGUAACCUUUGACGUAGCAAUGGAACUUUCAGAGAUAAGGAUAUGAGAGUUGUCAGGGUUUCUAUUAUGACGAAGAAAACAUCCAACCCAUAACAAUUGAAGCCCUCUGCUCCAACAGGCAGGCAAAGGAAGGCUAUCCUUUCGAGUCUCCCACCACCGGCAAUGGCGAGCGCUUACGCCCCCGCCGUCGCUGCUCCCAGAAGCAUCGGCAACGCUAUCGCGGCCUACCCCUCCCCCUCGUGCACGCUUCGGCCGGCCGCCGCCUCCAGCGGGGUCCGCAACCGGCAGCGUCUACCCACCGCCACCGCCUGUGUUCAGCCGCCGAGUGCCUCCCACGGCGCCGUCACUAGGCUGUACGUCAGCGGUCUCUCGUUCCGUACAACCGAAGAGAGCCUCCGGGACGCGUUCGAGAAGUUCGGUGAGCUCACGGAAGUUAACCUUGUGAUGGAUAGAGUGGCGAAGCGGCCGAGAGGUUUCGCGUUCCUGUCUUACGCCGACGAGCUGGAAGCCAAGGACGCCAUGGAAGGAAUGCAUGGGAAGUUCCUGGAUGGCAGAGUAAUCUUUGUCGAGGUUGCGAACCGAAGGUCUGGGUUCUGAACUCUGAAGCAUCGUUCCCAGGUGCCAAGUGAAGUUCUAGACUACGCUGUUUUACUUUGGUCUGGAACUCUGAAUGAAGUGUCAUCCUCAACCAUUUUCAUUCACACUUGAAAGCAAACCUGCCAAGUUAUUGGUAGACCAGUGUGCGCAAAUUCAACUCGCUGCAGAUUUAUGUAGCACGACAAGUGUGAUUUUUAGGACCAUGACCAAUGUUCAGAAACUUUGUUGUUGAUUCCAGCCAAGUUGUGUUAGGCAAGAUAGAGUCCUGGGUCCUGGGGUAUAAAUUCUACCUUUUGCAUUCGUGUGAAGUUCAUAUAUCAAGAGAAUAGCCGAAGAAACCUUCGCAA